AUGUCAUCCGCAGAUGUUAUGCCUUCCGCAGAAUCAGCUCAGCUCGAAAAGCCUGUUGCGCAACCUGCGCCAGCAUCCUCUUCUUACAAAGCGCCUCAGCCGACCUCUGCCUCUCUCUAUGUGGGCGAACUGGAUCCUACUGUCACAGAAGCCAUCCUCUUCGAAAUCUUUAAUAUGAUUGGCCCGGUUGCCAGGCGAACGGGCUCUAGAGCAGCUCAACUAUUCGCUCAUCAAAGGUCGUCCAUGGUAGCCCUUCGUAGGACGGGUCAAGGAAAUAUCUUCAUCAAGAAUUUGGAUGAAGGCAUCGAUAAUAAGGCCCUCCAUGACACAUUCGCCGCGUUCGGUAAUGUUUUAUCGUGCAAAGUUGCAACCGAUGAGUAUGGAAACUCGAAAGGUUACGGCUUCGUCCACUACGAUACCGCCGAAGCUGCAGAAGCUGCUAUCAAAGCUGUGGAUGGCAUGUUGCUUAACGACAAGAAAGAGCGCCAAUCUAAACUCGAAGAAGCCCGCUCUCAGUACACAAACAUUUACGUGAAGAAUCUCGAUACAGAGACAAGCGAGGAGGAGUUCCGAAAGAUGUUCGAAGCAUUUGGCAUCAUCACCUCUGCUGUUCUUCAGCUCGACGAGGAAGGCAAGAGCAAAGGAUUUGGUUUUGUCAAUUUUGAGGACCAUGAAAUGGCUCAGAAGGCUGUUGAUGCCCUCAAUGAGACUGAUAUCAACGGCAAGAAGCUCUUCGUCGGGCGCGCUCAGAAGCGUAACGAAC